CGGGGUGACAUCACCGCCGCCGCCGCACCGAGCACCCACCGCUUCGGCUGCUCGCCCGGGCGGGCGGCGGAGGGCUGCGGGCUCCCCGCUCCGCUGGGCCGGCUCGUCGGCACCCCCCCGCCCCCAGCCCUCCCCAAAGGGCGUCCUUUUCCUUGAUUUUUUUUUUAUUUUCCCCUCUCUUUUCCUUCCCCCCCCCCCACCCCCCCUUUCCCCCCUCCCCUCCGCGCAUCUCCCGCUCCCGCGGAGCUCCCGCAACCCUCCGCGGCUUCCCGCAUGGUUGUCACCGAGGGUCGAGGAGCACCCACGGUUCCCUGAGCCCCGCGUCCAAUCCUGGGUGUCAGGAGGCGCCCGACGAGCCUGUGGAGCAGAGCAGGGCAGAGCUCUUGUCGAGUCAAUGAGAGACCUCCACAAGUCUAGCGUGCUGGGAAGCAAGCACAGCAGCCUGAUGUCAUGGCGCCCGCAGUACCGCAGCUCCAAGUUUCGGAACGUCUACGGGAAGGUGGCGAGCCGGGAGCACUGCUUUGACGGCAUCCCCAUCACCAAGAACGUCCACGACAACCACUUCUGUGCCGUCAAUGCCCGCUUCCUCGCCAUCGUGACGGAGAGUGCCGGCGGGGGCUCCUUCCUCGUCAUCCCCCUCGAGCAGACAGGCCGGAUCGAACCAAACUACCCCAAAGUGUGCGGUCACCAGGGCAAUGUGCUGGACAUCAAGUGGAAUCCCUUCAUUGAGAACAUCAUCGCGUCAUGCUCCGAGGACACCUCGGUGCGGAUCUGGGAGAUCCCCGAAGGCGGCCUGAAGCGGAACAUGACGGAGGCCAUCCUGGAGCUGUACGGGCACAGCCGGCGCGUUGGCCUCGUCGAGUGGCACCCCACCACCAACAACAUCCUCUUCAGCGCUGGCUACGACUAUAAGGUCCUCAUCUGGAACCUGGACAUUGGGGAACCGGUGAAGAUGAUCGAUUGCCACACGGAUGUCAUCCUCUGCAUGUCCUUCAACACCGACGGCAGCCUCCUGGCCACCACCUGCAAGGACAAGAAGCUGCGGGUCGUGGAGCCGCGCUCCGGCAGGGUCCUGCAGGAGGCCAGCUGCAAGAACCACCGCGUCAACCGGGUGGUCUUCCUGGGCAGCACGAAGCGGCUGCUGACGACGGGGGUGUCGCGCUGGAACACGCGGCAGAUCGCCCUCUGGGACCAGGAAGACCUGUCCAUGCCCCUCAUAGAGGAGGAGAUCGACGGGCUCUCGGGUCUCCUCUUCCCAUUCUACGAUGCCGACACUCACAUGCUGUACUUGGCUGGCAAGGGCGAUGGCAACAUUCGGUACUACGAGAUCGGCUCGGAAAAGCCCUACUUGAGUUAUCUCAUGGAGUUUCGCUCCCCGGCCCCGCAAAAAGGACUGGGGGUGAUGCCGAAGCACGGGCUGGACGUGUCGGCCUGCGAGGUCUUUCGUUUCUACAAGCUCGUCACCCUCAAGGGCCUGAUCGAACCCAUCUCGAUGAUCGUGCCGAGGAGGUCGGAAACGUACCAAGAGGACAUUUACCCGAUGACUCCGGGUACGGAGCCAGCCCUCACGCCGGAUGAAUGGCUGAGCGGGGUGAACAGAGAUCCCAUCCUGAUGUCGCUGAAGGAGGGCUACAAGAAGACAUCCAAAAUCGUCUUUAAGGCACCGGUGAGGGAGAAGAGGAGCGUCGUCGUUAAUGGCAUAGACCUGCUGGAGAACGUGCCGCCCCGGACGGAGAACGAGCUCCUUCGGAUGUUCUUCCGACAGCAGGACGAGAUCCGGCGGCUGAAAGACGAGCUCUCGCAGAAAGACAUACGGAUCCGACAGCUACAGCUGGAGCUGAAAAACCUACGUAACAGCCCGAAGAAUAACUAACUUCCAGGGACAUUUUAUAAAUAAACUUUCUUUGUUUAUACUCGCUCUUUAAUUUUAUUGUAUCCACUUACACAGAAUAUGAGCCAGAAGCCAAGUGACCUGCCAAGAGCCCACUCGCUAACUGGAAAUACGUCCUCCUGGUCUUGUCUAGCACUAAAACCAAAAGCUACUGCAUGAGAGGCGGCUGGGGUGUCUGCCUGCCCCAGCAACGGUCUUGGAGUAAGUAGGCGAGCAGUGUCCCCUCCGUCAGGGUUAACCGGCCCCGGGGCAGCCGAGGCGGCGGCGACUCCCCAGGAAAGCGCGAUGCUUCGUUGCUAUUAAUUUCUUUUCCUAUGCAAAAAUGUGACAGCGGGUGCAGAACUGGAAACGGGGUGCGGGAAGGGCUUAAUUCACAAAAGCGCACUGCCGGGGCGCAGCCGGGUGGGCUCCGGCACAGCCAGGCUUCGGCAGGAGCAGCCUGUGCGUCUCCUCGGGCUACGGCUUGGGGAAGGCAGUUGCUCCACACGCGUGCCCGUGUGUCUGUGCACAUACAUCCUUUUAAAACAAUAAGAAAAGAGGCCGGGUUUCCUAACUGCAGAGGGUUUUUUGCUCCCUCCGCCUCUGGGAAGACGGAUAUCCCCCCCUCCUUCCCGCUGGGACGCGCGCCGGCGCCGCGGGGAGCGGGGAAGGAUGUCACCCGGCGCUGCCCCGAGGGAGGGACCCAGCGGGUGCCGGUGCUGCGCGGGCGCUCCCGGGGUUCACUACGCGUGUACAGUCAUGUGGGGCUUUUUUUUUUUUGUGGAUUAGGCCUGUAGCACAGGAAACAACACCAAAUACUGCUAGUUUACCUAUAUAUAUAUAUAUGUAUAUUUUCACUAAAUCAAGUUGCUGAACUGCCCGGCACUACCAGUGCAACGGUUUCUCCUCUCUGUCAUUUUACUUUGUGCCCCGCGCCCACUGCUUCGCCCUCUUUACAUUACAUGUGCUGUCAUUGCCUAUUAUUUAUGCUACUAUGGAAUAGUGAUGAAAUAAAAUGUUUUCAAGAUAGCAAAA